AUGAGGCUCAGACGCCUUUGUGAAGUAAAACCUUCAGGACGUUGCUAUGUCGACGACACGACCAGAUCAGAUUACGCAAACUUGGAGCGUCGCGAGUGGCUCGAGCUAGCACUAUGCGACGCGUUGAAGAAACACGGGACCGAUAGGAAGGACUUCAAGAAGAUUCGUGCUGAGUUCAUCACCCGUGUCGUGGUUGUUCGUGAGAAGAUGCAACUCCGUGAACAAGAGGUCCAUGGAUGUUGGUGCACUGAAGCCAAACUAGAGCAGAAGGGAUAUUCCCAGACUGCUGGCUGCAAACUGUUUUCGUUUAAAAUGCAAACCUCAAAUGUUCUGAGACCUUGGAAGUACAACAGUGCGAUAAUGGAGUACUUCGUAGAGGAUGAAUGCAAGCAGCUCCUCAAGCGUUCAGAGCUCACGAAGCAGGUUGAGCAAACAGAACUUGACGUACUGCCAGACCUUGAAAAGUUCAUGCAGCACAUCCAGGACAAAAUCGCUUUGAUCCGGGAAAUGGUGACCUUCUUGGAAACAACCGACCUACCACCGCCGAAGAGCCGAUACGAUGUGCUUCGUGCAUCCUUGGGAAAGACCCAGACAGUGUUCGAUUCUCACUACAAGGCAAAGUCUUGCUUGGGCAUCGAGCCAGCUCCAGCGUCAACACCAGCUCAUCAUGCCUUGGCAGGGCCAAGGUCCAUCAAGAAGGCUUACACCAAGCAGCAGGUCUUGGACAAGCGGAACAAGACUGGUCGCAAAAACAAGAAGAACAAGAAAGCGGAGGAGGAGGUGUACCAGUACGACGAUGAGGCCUACCAACAACUCAUCAGGCUGGUGGUGGCUGAUUGGAAGAAGCUCCAAGAUGAUGGUUUCGAGACCAUUAAUCAGGGCAAAGUAUACCCUGUGAUUCUGGGCAACAAGGGUGACUGGAGUUAUCUUGUCUCCGCAGCAGGCUUGCUUCGAUCCUACAGGAGGGCACCAAAGGGUGCGAGGCAGGCCAAGCAAUACAUGGAUGACCCACCUGGCAUUUGCCACUUGUGCAUGGCUGGCACGAGCGCAGGUGACUGGGAGGACCUGAAGGUCGCUGAGCGCCUCAUUAGACAUGCUCGAACUGCCCCGAUCCCGGCGCCGUGGGAUGAAGUGCCUCCGUUUGGAGAUCUUCUUCAUGAUGAAGCUUGUGGUGGUUUGGAACGCUACCAUCGGAUUGAUAUUUGGCACACUUUCCACAUGGGUAUUGGGAAGGCCUGGAUCAGUUCAAGCAUGCGGCAUUUGCAGUUCCUCACAGGUCAAAGCAAUGUCGACCUGAGAGUUGAUGCAUUGAACUCCGACUUCACGGACUUCUGCGCCGAGCAUAGGAAGGUCAAGUAUCUGAGGAGGCUGGAGCCAAACACAUUUGGCUUGAAAUCGCAGGAGCCAAAUGGAUCUUGGAACAAGGCCCACAUCACUGCCACGCUCAUGGAAUGGAUGGAGUCUUUCAUGAGUAAACACCGUGACACGUGCAUGGAAGAUGAGCUCCUUCGCUACAUUGUAGCCUGUCUGUCCCAGUGA